CGCAGGGAAAAGGAAGAAAAAGAAGAUUUCCACCACUCUCUACAGCAGCAACUUUUCACCUCCGGAUCGAAGGCCAAACAAAGUCGGAUCGUGCUCAAAGUUUAGUAUGUGGUUCCUCACAUACUCCUCCUCAAAUCCAACGGUCAGAUUCUCAUUUUGAUGCCCGGAAGGUUGUUUUCUAGCUGCAUUUUCAGACCUGCGUUUUUGGGAGUUUUUACUCCAUUUUAUGGUGAAUUGUUGAUUGUUGUUGUUCCAAGGUUACUCCUUGAUGAUUGUGUAUGCCUCUAGUGUUUACUAGAGAGGAGAAAUUGUUGUACCCACUUGAUUCUUGGUGAUUAGUGGAAGUUUGGGGGCCGUUGUUGAGCGGCCGUGGUUUUCUCCCCGAUUUGGGGUUUCCACAUAAAUCGUGUGUUCUUUAUUUUAUUUCCGUUGCUAUUUAUUUGUGGUGGUGGUGCUGAUUUUUUGGAGUAUAUAGUGCUUUGUUGUUCAUCUCAUUAAUUUGGGGAAAAGAUUUUAUACGCUUCCAUUGUGUUUUGUUCCGUGCUUUCCCAACAAAGUGGUAUCAGAGCUUGAUUAUUUUUGGUUGGCUUCUUGUGUUGUUUAUGAUUGAUGACAAAGUAAUUGUUCAAGGAAUGGUUAGUUUGGACUCUACGAAUUAUUCAAUUUGGAAAAUUCGUAUUGAGGAUUAUUUAUGCUCUAAAGAUUUGCUUAACCCAAUUUUGUAUAAAGAAAGUCCAACAGGUGUUGAUGAGAAAGCUUGGACUACCUUGAACCGGAAAGCUAUUGCAUCAAUAAGACAAUAUGUUUCUUUAAGUGUGUUGCAACAUGUUGCUAAUGAAACCAAUGCUUUUGAGAUGUGGAAGAAACUUGAAUCCAUGUACGAGAGGAACAAUGCUAUGGGAAAAGCUUCUUUGAUUAGGAAGCUUGUUAAAUUGCAAUACAAAGAUGGUGAUAGCAUUGUGGUUCACAUGAACGAGUUUCAAGGUGUGGUAAACCAACUAGCCGGAAUGAAGAUGAAAUUGGAGGAUGAACUUCAAGCUUUGUUGUUGCUUUCCUCAUUGCCCGACAGUUGGGAUACUUUGGUGGUUUCACUUAGCAACUCUGCUCCGGAUGGCAAGAUGACUAUGGAGAUGGUCAAGGCUAGUCUUUUGAAUGAAGAGGCUAGGAGGAAAGAAUCAGGUUACCCUAGCCAAGCUGAAGCAAAUGUGAUUCUAGAAUCUAGUAGGGGGAGAAGCAAGAGCAGAAAUCCUUAUUACAGAGACAAGUCCAGGGGGAGAUCCAAAUCCAGAAAGAGAGAUUUCAUUUGCCAUUAUUGUCAGAAGCCGGGUCACAUUGAGAGAUUCUGCAAAAAGAAGAAGAGAGAUAUGUCUAGGGAGAGAAAAGAUAAAAAUGAGAAUUCCGAGCAGAAGCCAGAAGAGAAGAACACUACAGCCUUGGCAUCUAGUGAUGAUGAUUUAUUUGUUAUCGGUGAUCAUGGACUAUUAAAUGUAGCCUGUGAUGACUGCACCUGGGUGAUUGAUUCUGGUGCAUCUUAUCAUAUUACUUCACACAGGGAGUACUUCUCAUCCUAUACUAGUGGUAAUUUUGGCCAUGUGAGGAUGGGAAAUGAUGGUUCGUCCAAGAUCGUCGGUAUGGGUGAUGUUUGUUUAGAGACUUCCACUGGUUGCAGGUUAGUGCUCAGGGAUGUGAGGCACGUCCCAGAUAUCAGAUUGAGUUUGAUUUCUGCUGGUCUGCUUGAUGAUGAAGGUCAUGCCAACAAAUUUUGUGAUGGAAGAAGGAAACUCUCCAGGGGCAAUUUGAUUAUGGCUCGAGGUAAGAAGCAGAAUUCACUUUAUGUUAUGCAGGCCAGAGUAUGUAGCGGAGAUGCCAAUGUAGCAGAUGAUGCCUCCGGUGAUUUGUGGCAUAAGAGACUUGGCCACAUGAGUCAAAAGGGCAUGCAGAUCCUUUCCAGGAAAGAUUAUCUCCCCGACAUUUCAGGUAUGCCUUUAAACUCUUGUGUUGAUUGUUUGGCUGGAAAACAACAUAGAGUUGCAUUUCAUACUCGUCCCCCACAUAGAAGAAAGCAUGCUUUAGAUCUUGUUCAUACUGAUGUUUGCUCUAUGGAUGGUAGAUCACAACGUGGUGAUGUUCCUCAGAGAGUUUGGUCAGGGAAAGAUGUCUCCUAUAAGCAUUUGAGAGUCUUUGGUUGCAAAGACUUUGUUCAUAUUCCUAGAGAUGAGAGAUCCAAGCUUGAUAAGAAUACCAAAGAGUGCAUAUUUUUGGGGUAUUUAGAGGAUGUGUUUGGGUACACACUAUGAGAUCCACGUGAUAGGAAAGUGAUCAGAAGCAGAGAUGUGGUUUUCUUUGAAGAUCAGACUAUUGAAGAUUGUGAGAAGAAGCAGGCAAAUCCUUCUCCAUGCAUCACAGUUGAUCCAGUUCCAUCUCUUCCUCCUAUUGUAGUCCCUCAAAAUCAUGGGGGAGAUAUGCAUGAUCAUACAGUUGAAUCUCCUGCAGAUGACCAUCAUGAUGAUGAUAAUCAUGAUGAUGGUGGUGAUGAUACUCCAGAGUCACAACCACAUUCAGAUCUGCCACCAGCACCUCAGUUGAGAAGAUCCACCAGAGUCAGAAAACCUUCCACGAGACUUUCGGAGGAUGAUUUUGUGUUAGUCACGGAUGGAGGAGAGCCAGAGACAUAUGAUGAGGCUAUGUCACAUGUGCACCGCGAGAAGUGACAUUGCCGAAAGAGAAACUCGUGUUUUGUCGAUAGAAGGCCGGUUUGUUUGCUCACUCCAUGUAGGAGUGAGGGGGAGAUUUGUUGGGAAAUAUCCCUCCUACAUGGAGGAAGAGUCCAAUUUUAAUUGGACAAAUACUUUACAUCUAUCUUUUCUAUUUGGGCUUAUUUUUUGUGUAAAGCUUUAGCCCAAAUAUUUUUUGGUGGCCCAUCUUGUGUGGCUACUAACUAAAGAAAAAAAAGAAGGGAUAAGGCAGCAACUUGAGGAGGAAGAGGCAGUAGCUACGCAAGAGACAAAACCAGUAGCUAACGUAGGGAAAAGGAAGAAAAAAAAGAUUUCCGCCACUCUCUACAGCAGCAACUUUUCACCUCCGGAUCGAAGGCCAAACGAAGUCGGAUCGUGCUCAGAUUUUAGUAUGUUGUUCCUCACAUACUCCUCUUCAAAUCCAACGGUCAGAUUCUCAUUUUGAUGCCCAGAAGGUUGUUUUCUAGCUGCGUUUUCAGACCUGCGUUUUUAGGAGUUUUUACUCCAUUUUAUGGUGAAUUGUUGAUUGUUAUUGUUCCAAGGUUGCUCCUUGAUGAUUGUGUAUGCCUCUAGUGUUUACUAGAGAGGAGAACUUGUUGUACCCACUUGAUUCUUGGUUAUUAGUGGAAGUUUGGGAGCCAUUGUUGAGCGGCCGUGGUUUUCUCCCCG